GACCUGGCGUUGUCCAACCUUCUUUUCGAGGUUCGCGCGUUCAUGGAUCAAUGCCGCGGCGUGGUUCCGGAGCUGGACUGGGAGCAGGAGCUGGUCAGCACCGCCACGGCGUACGACGGCGAGGAGAUAUACCCCGCGGAGCCGCUGGAGUUCGCCCGGUUGGAGGCCGCGCCCCCGCCGCGCGAGGCCCGAUGCGCCGUCGCCGCCGCGGGCGUCACGGAGGGGUGGCUCAGGAAGGCGCUCCUCGACCCGCGGAUCGUGCUGAAGGACCCUUCGGAGAUCGGGGAACUCCCUCCCACGCCCAAGGCGUGGGCCUCCGACGAGGAGUGGGAGGUCAUCGCGGGCGAGCUGCUGCAGCGCGGCAUCUUGAAGCCGAUCGAGUACACCGACAUAGCGGAGGUGAACGGACGCAAGGUCUUCGGGGGCCUCUUCGGCGUGCGCAAGAGUGGACACCAGCGAGGAUCAGGAGAGGUCUUGCUUUGGAGCUCGGAGGACCUGAAGUGCUGCUUCUACGCGCACGGCCUUGGGGGGGCUUGGCUGCCACACAUGGCCAUCUCCAAGCCAGUCCGCCGCGCCACGGCUGGCCCGGCGGGCUCGGGCGUCGUCUACGUCUCCUCGGCCGUGGUGCCGAUGGGGUCGGCCCCUCAGCCGCGCCACGUGGGCUCCGAGCCAGCGCGCGGCUGGGUCGACGAGGAGGCCGUCGACGGGAGGCCCGUAAUCUACGUUGGGCGCGGCUGCCGCCGCCGCGGCCUGGCCCCGUCGCGAUGGGGCAAUCCCUACCGCGUGGGCCCGCAGCGGAGCCGUCACCAGGCCGUGGCCGAGUUCGCCCACUACCUGGAUGAGGAGCCGUCGCUGCUGGCGGAGCUCGACUCCUUGAGCGGCACGAGGCUGGCCUGCCAUUGUCGCCCGUCUCAGGUGUGCCACGGCGACGCCAUCAUCAGGAAGUGGCGAGAGCGGUUCUUGGAGCCUGCCGUCUGGCGGGCCUGGCAGGUCUACAUCGACAACCUCGACGUGCUGGAGGUGACCGAGUGGUGGCACGCCGCGCAGCUGAAGCAGGAGGGCCUCUGCGAUGCGGCCCCCCUCGCCCGCGCCCGCUACGAGGCGCAGGGCAUGCCCCGCAGCGAGACCAAGUCGGUGGCGCGGGAGCUGCAGACGGUCUCCCUCGGCGAGGCCAUCGACGGGGAGCUCGGCACCAUCGGGCCCCCGAAGGAGUUUGUGCUGCGGCUGGUCUCGCUCACGCUCGAGACCAUCUCCCGUGAGAAGGUGGCCCAGAAGUGGAUGCAGAUAUUCGCGGGUCGCUGGGUCAGGUGCUUUCUGUUCAGGAGGGAGGCGAUGAUGAGCUUCGCGCACCUGCGGCGCUUCCUGGUGCGCAUUCGGGGGCACGCUCCGCGCUACCAGCGAACCCCCGUGAGCGGGCUCGUCACCGUGAGCGACGCGAGCGUCCAGCGAGGCGCCGUCUGCCGCGGGGUUCGCCUCCGCCCCGAGGGCGCGGCCGCCGCGCGGGCCGCCAGGAAGAGGCAGCUGACCAGCUUCAGCGACGAGGCGGUCCUCGUCUCGCUCUUCGACGUGGUCGGCGGGGCGAGGCGGGCAUUGGAUCUGCUGGGGUUCAUCCCCGCCCUCUUCGUCGCCUCGGAGACCGACGUGGAGGCGUCGCACGCGAAGUGGGUCUUCCUUGUUGCUGGCAGCCCGUGCACGGACCUCGCCAGGAUCAACGCGCAGCGGGUCGGGCCCUCGGGCGAGAGGCCGCGGCUCUUCUACGAGAUCAGGCGCGUCAGGGACCUGCUGCUUGAGGUGAUUGGGGAGUGGUGCUUCGUCUUCGAGCUGGUCGAGAACGUUGCCUCCAUGGACGUGGAGCCAAGGGAGCUGAUGACCGAGCACUUGGGCUUCCCCCCCAUCCGCAUCGACGCCGCGGAUGUGAGUCACUGCCGCCGCGACCGCUUCUACUGGAUUGACCCCGCCAUGGUCUGCGCUUGGCAGGGCAAGGUUCAGCAGUGCGACGGCUACGAGCAGGUGGCGAUCCCAGGCCAGUUCCCCAGUGGCGUGCAUAGGUGCACUGAGGCCGAGCUCCAAAGGUUGCGGGACCACGCGUAUUGCUAUGCCCCGUACCAGUUCCCGGACGUCAACUGCAUCCAGGUUGAGGACAGCUCCUUCAGGCCGCCCAACAGCGUGGAGCGGGAGUUGCUCCUGGACUUCCUGCCUGGACACACGGCCACGGCGCGGGCCACCAGCUCGCGCAAGCUCGAGCCGCGGGCCUUGGAGCAGAAGAGGUGCGCCUUGCUGGGGAACAGCUCCCAGUGCGCGACGGUGGCCUGGGUUGUGGCCCACUGGGCGGCCAAGCAGGGCUACCUUCCGCGCGUCCCAGACGUUGCGGAGAUGCGCGAGACAGGCGGUGGCGCGACCAUCGCAGACCGAGACGUGGAGUUGAGCUCGUCCGACGCUGGCGUGGGGAACCUGGUCAGGCAGCACGAGCUGGAGGACCCCUCGGCCGCCGCCGACCCCAGCGUGGCCAUCGUCGAGGAGAUGAUCCGCAGAGCUGAGCCCAGAGGCGUGGGGCGCUGGUCGCGGAAGCCCGCGGUGGUCUGGCACUGGCAACGCCCUUCGCACACCACGGACUUGGAGGUGCGGGCGACGCCCCAGGCGCUGCACUGGAAGUUCAGAGUGUCGCGGCACCUUCGGACCAGGUUCUGCCACCUUAUGGACUCGCAGGCGGGCUUGGGCGUGAUCACGCGCGGCCGCCCGUUACCUACGAUUCUCCACGUUGUUGUGCGACGCAUUGGUGCCCUUGUUCUUGCUGCCCUCGCCCGCCCCGUGCACGGCUACGCGGAGACCGACCGCAACCCAGCCGAUCAUCCGACGCGGGCAGUGGUGGGCCCAUUCAGACACGCGCCGGUGCAACCGCGCACGUUGAUGGUCUACCUGCGCACUGCACAACAGUUCUCAGAAUGGUUGAGGGGCCGCAACCUGUCGUGGUCGGCCGCCUCGAAUGACACAGAGUUUCUUGACGGAUUGGUCGCAGAGUGGAUCGAGUGGCUGUGGCUCGAGGGCCACCCGCAGGGGACAGCUGGCAGCGCGCUCUCCGCCGUCCGGUUCUUCCUGCAGCGGAAGCGGAUCCUGCCAGCCUCGUGGCGCCUUUUCAAGGCUCGGCAGAGGCUGGAGCUGCCGCAGCGCGCGCCGCCGCUGCCGCGGGCCGUCGUCGUCAGCAUGGCCGCGCUGGCGCGGCACUGGCAGCGCAACGACGUCGCGGUCCUGCUGAUCAUCGCCUUCGCCGCCUUCCUCAGGACCUCUGAGGCCUUGACCCUGCGCCGCUGGCAG